AUGGGCUGCUCUUUAAGAAAGUCUAAACCAAAGCAAAGAGAUGAUAUAGAUUAAAUAGAACAAUUGAUAUAAUCAGAUUGUCUAGGUAUGGAAUAAAAUUUCAUGCUUAUCAAAAAUCCAAUUGUAAUGAGAAGAAAUUGCAGUAAAGAAAAGCAGAAAUUAUCAGAUUCAAAACCUAUAUGA